GGCCUGACGGUGCGCUAACUGCGAGUCGUUAUGCAUAUCUUGGCAGCUUCGACGGCACCAGUAAUGUACAGGUGAAGGCAGCAUAUCGCUUUGGCAUUCCUUUGGCUGGGACGAUGUCGCAUGCAUUUGUUUCAUCGUUUUCUUCGUUUAUGGAUUUGCGUCUGAGUCCAUCGCCUUUGGGCCCUGACUUCCCUCAAGCUGUGAUGAGUGCUCGCGAUUUGUUGUUUGGAGUUUGGCCCGAGGCGAAUUUUCACCAAAUGGCGAAAGAAGGAGAGCUCGCAGCUUUUGCUGCAUACGCAAUGACAUUCCCCGACAACUUCUUGGCUCUUGUUGAUACCUACAACACCCUUAGCUCUGGCAUUCCGAAUUUUUUGGCGGUUGCGUUGGCGAUGUUUAAAUUGGGAGCAAAACCAAAAGGCGUUCGAAUAGACUCGGGGGAUUUGGCGUACCUCUCCAGGGAGGCUCGGCGUAUGUUUAAGCAAUGUGAAGAGGCUUUCGGUUUUCCUUUUGGUGGUUUGUCUAUAGUCCUUUCAAACGAUUUGAACGAAGCCACAAUAACUGCCCUUAACGAUGAAGGCCACGAGGCAGAUGUAUUUGGAAUCGGCACGAAUGUCGUCACCUGCCAGGCUCAGCCGGCUUUAGGAGUGGUGUAUAAGCUGGUGGAGUUAGAAGGCAAACCCUGCAUGAAGCUCUCAGAAGAUGUUGAAAAAACUUCUCUUCCCACAGCAAAAGCAGCUUAUCGUUUGUAUAACAAAGAAGGGGUACCUGCUGUAGACCUUAUUCAGAGCGCUUCAAUGCCCCGACCUGUGUGUGGAGAGAAGUUAUUUUGUAAGGACCUCUACGCAGACAAGAGACGGUGUUUCUUUAUCCCAAAGACAGUUGAAGAGCUUUUAAUAGUCUUCAUUCAAGAAGGAAGGCUCAUCAACCCUCUAGAAACCAUUGAAGUUUCUCGGGCGCGGUGCGUGCGGCAGCUGCAGCUUUUUCGAGGCGACCAUCUGCGUUUGCAUGCUCCUACAGAGUAUAAAGUGUCUACGACAGAAGAGUAUUAUAAAUUCUUUCAUGAGAUGUGGAAUACGACUGCCCCUAUUCAUACCCUUGAAUAA